AUGGCGAAGAGUAUUCGGUCGAAAUCAAAGCGACGAGUACGUGCUAUUAAGCGUGAACGACUCGCACCACGUAUAUUAAAGCGUUUGCAGACAACUGUCUCAAAUCUUGAUGAUAAUAAAAUAAAAAUGGAAGCUGAUAAUUCUGACUUGGUAGAUGACUCUAAUAUCCAGUUUUCAACGAUGGAAACUGACAGUGAACGUUUGAAUUUGAAAACGAAAAGACGACGCGGUUCAUAUCCGAUAUGGCUAACCCAACGGAAGAUAAAGAAGAAGGAGUUGCUAAACCAACGGAAGAUAAAAAAAAAGAAGCGUGAUCAAAGAAUUAAAAAUGCGAGAAAAGGGAAAGCACAAAGAAUUCACUGA